AAAACAAAAACCUUCGCUUGCUCAGCCACUUCCAUUUUUUUCCCCUGCAGUCUCGCUGGUUUGAGGUGGUUGUAUUUCGUUUUUUGUUUUUCGUUUUUUCAAUUUUUUUUCCUGUUUUCUUUCCCUUCAUGUGGUUGGAUUUGGUGGAUCCGGAGCCAAAGCUGAUUUUUUUCCUCGGUGGGGUGUGCGUGUGGCGUGCGGGGAUUUUCUCGCUGCGUUUUUUAUCUUCUGCUGCUUUUUUAAAUCUUGGUUUUGAACCUGAGCCGGGAAAAAUGGGAAACGGUGCUUCCGUCAGAAGGGGAAUCUCUCCAUCACUGUUGUUGGGACGUGUGCCUGUGGUGCUAGUGUUUUAGAGAAAUAGCCUGACAGCUUUCGGAGUGGAAGGCCAAAUGACAUAGGAUGAAGGCUGUUCGUAAUUUGCUGAUUUAUAUAUUUUCCACCUAUCUACUGGUUAUGUUUGGAUUUAAUGCUGCCCAAGACUUCUGGUGUUCCACGUUGGUGAAGGGGGUCAUUUAUGGAUCGUAUUCUGUAAGUGAAAUGUUUCCUAAAAACUUCACAAACUGCACUUGGACGCUGGAAAAUCCAGAUCCAACCAAAUAUAGUAUUUACCUGAAAUUUUCCAAAAAGGACUUCAGCUGCUCCAACUUUUCCCUCUUGGCUUAUCAGUUUGAUCAUUUUUCUCAUGAAAAAAUAAAGGAUCUUUUAAAAAAUAACCAUUCUAUAAUGCAGCUCUGCAACUCCAAGAAUGCUUUUGUAUUUCUGCAGUAUGAUAAGAAUUUUAUUCAGAUACGUCGUGUCUAUCCUAUCAACUUCCCAGGAUUACACAAAAAAGAAGACGACCAAAAAUCCUUCUUUGAAUUUUUGGUGUUGAACAAGGUGAGCCCAAGCCAGUUUGGGUGCCAUGUGUUAUGCACUUGGUUGGAGAGCUGCUUGAAAUCUGAAAAUGGGAGAACCGAGUCCUGUGGGAUCAUGUAUACAAAAUGCACCUGCCCUCAGCAUUUGGGAGAAUGGGGAAUAGAUGACCAGUCCCUGGUGUUGCUCAAUAACGUGGUGCUGCCCCUCAAUGAGCAGACAGAAGGCUGCCUGACCCAGGAGCUGCAAACCACCCAGGUCUGCAAUCUCACCAGAGAAGCCAAGCGGCCGCCAAAAGAAGAAUUUGGAAUGAUGGGAGAUCAUACAAUUAAAAGUCAGCGACCUCGAUCUGUUCAUGAGAAAAGGGUCCCUCAGGAACAAGCUGAUGCUGCUAAAUUUAUGGCACAAACUGGUGAAUCUGGUGUUGAAGAGUGGGCCCAGUGGAGUACGUGUUCUGUUACUUGUGGUCAAGGGUCGCAGGUGCGAACCAGAACUUGUGUAUCACCUUACGGGACACACUGCAGCGGCCCUUUAAGAGAAUCAAGGGUUUGCAAUAACACUGCCCUCUGUCCAGUACAUGGCGUUUGGGAGGAAUGGUCACCUUGGAGUUUGUGUUCAUUCACAUGUGGUCGAGGCCAAAGAACUAGGACAAGGUCAUGUAUACCUCCCCAGUAUGGGGGAAGAUCAUGUGACGGACCUGAAACACAGCACAAACCUUGCAAUAUUGCACUCUGCCCUGUGGACGGACAGUGGCAGGAGUGGAGCCCGUGGAGCCAGUGCUCGGUGACCUGUUCCAAUGGCACCCAGCAGCGGAGCAGGCAGUGCACGGCGGCGGCCCACGGCGGCUCCGAGUGCCGAGGGCCCUGGGCCGAGAGCCGGGAGUGCCACAACCCCGAGUGCACGGCAAAUGGCCAAUGGAACCAGUGGGGCCACUGGAGUGGCUGUUCCAAAUCCUGUGAUGGUGGCUGGGAGAGGCGCAUAAGGAUCUGUCAGGGUGCUGCUGUGACUGGGCAGCAGUGUGAAGGAGCCGGAGAGGAAGUCAGACGGUGCAGUGAGCAGAGGUGUCCUGCACCUUAUGAAAUAUGUCCUGAGGAUUAUCUGAUGUCAAUGGUGUGGAAAAGGACCCCAGCUGGGGACAUGGCAUUCAAUCGAUGUCCUCUCAAUGCUACAGGCACCACUAGCAGACGCUGCUCUCUCAGUGUUCAUGGAGUGGCCUUUUGGGAACAACCAAGCUUUGCUAGAUGCAUAUCAAACGAGUACAGACACUUGCAGCAUUCAAUUAAAGAGCAUCUUGCCAAAGGUCAGAGGAUGCUGGCUGGUGAUGGCAUGUCCCAAGUAACCAAGACACUAUUGGAUUUAACGCAAAGGAAAAAUUUUUAUGCUGGAGACCUUCUAAUUUCUGUGGAAAUUCUCAGAAAUGUUACAGACACAUUUAAAAGAGCGAGUUAUAUCCCUGCGUCUGAUGGGGUCCAGAACUUCUUUCAAAUCAUAAGUAAUCUCUUAGACGAAGAAAACAAAGAGAAAUGGGAAGAUGCGCAACAGAUCUAUCCAGGCUCAGUGGAGUUAAUGCAGGUGAUUGAAGAUUUUAUACACAUUGUUGGAAUGGGAAUGAUGGACUUUCAGAAUUCAUACCUAAUGACUGGAAAUGUAGUGGCUAGCAUUCAGAAGCUUCCUGCUGCAUCUGUUUUAACUGACAUCAAUUUCCCCAUGAAAGGAAGAAAAGGAAUGGUUGAUUGGGCACGAAACUCAGAAGACAGGGUUGUCAUUCCAAAAAAUAUCUUCACUCCUAUGUCAACAGAACUAGACGAAUCAACUGUAUUUGUACUUGGAGCAGUGCUAUACAAAAAUUUAGAACUCAUUUUGCCCACUUUGAGGAAUUUUACAGUUGUUAAUUCAAAAAUCAUCGUUGUUACUAUACGACCUGAGCCUAAAACUACAGAUUCUUUCCUGGAGAUAGAACUGGCCCACCUGUCUAAUGGCACAUUGAAUCCCUACUGUGUGCUGUGGGAUGAUUCAAGAAUGAACGACUCUUUGGGAACCUGGUCCACCCAGGGAUGUAAAACUGUGCUUACCGAUGCAUCCCAUACGAAAUGCUUAUGUGAUCGUCUCUCUACCUUCGCCAUUUUGGCUCAGCAACCUAGAGAAAUAAUCAUGGAAUCAUCUGGUACACCCUCAGUGACCUUAAUAGUAGGCAGUGGUCUUUCCUGCUUGGCCUUGAUCACUCUAGCAGUUGUCUAUGCAGCACUAUGGAGGUACAUCAGAUCUGAGAGGUCCAUAAUUCUAAUCAAUUUCUGCCUGUCAAUUAUCUCAUCCAAUAUCCUUAUACUGGUUGGACAAACUCAGACACAUAACAAGGGCAUCUGCACCACAACCACCGCAUUUUUACACUUCUUCUUCUUAGCUUCAUUCUGUUGGGUUUUGACAGAAGCGUGGCAGUCAUAUAUGGCUGUUACUGGAAAAAUUAGGACACGGCUCAUAAGGAAGCGUUUCCUGUGCCUUGGAUGGGGUCUGCCAGCAUUAGUGGUUGCAAUAUCAAUAGGCUUUACCAAGACAAAAGGAUAUGGAACAGCUCACUACUGCUGGCUGUCUCUGGAAGGAGGGUUACUCUAUGCUUUCGUUGGACCUGCAGCUGCUGUUGUCUUGGUCAACAUGGUGAUUGGCAUUUUGGUAUUUAAUAAACUUGUUUCCAGAGAUGGAAUCCUAGAUAAAAAACUCAAACACAGAGCGGGUCAGAUGAGUGAGCCUCAUAGCGGUUUGACGCUCAAAUGUGCCAAGUGUGGAGUAGUUUCAACAACAGCUUUGUCAGCCACCACCGCCAGUAAUGCCAUGGCAUCCCUUUGGAGCUCCUGUGUGGUGUUGCCACUUCUAGCACUGACUUGGAUGUCUGCAGUUCUGGCCAUGACAGACAAAAGAUCUAUAUUAUUUCAGAUACUUUUUGCAGUAUUUGAUUCAUUACAAGGCUUUGUUAUUGUCAUGGUCCAUUGUAUUCUUCGAAGGGAGGUUCAAGAUGCAUUCAGAUGUCGGCUAAGAAAUUGCCAGGAUCCAAUCAAUGCAGAUUCUUCAAGUUCUUUUCCUAAUGGACAUGCUCAAAUCAUGACUGAUUUUGAGAAGGAUGUGGACAUUGCUUGUCGGUCAGUUCUGCAUAAAGACAUUGGACCUUGCAGAGCAGCCACUAUAACAGGAACCCUUUCUAGAAUUUCACUAAAUGAUGAAGAGGAGGAAAAGGGACCAAACCCUGAAGGAAUGAGCUAUUCAACCUUGCCUGGAAACAUCAUCUCCAAAGUCAUCAUCCAGCAACCAACAGGUCUCCACAUGCCUAUGAGUAUGAGUGAACUGGCCAAUCAGUGCUUGAAAAAAGACAACAGUGAGCUGCGGAGGACCGUGUAUUUAUGCACUGACGAUAAUUUGAGAGGUGCAGACAUGGACAUAGUCCAUCCUCAAGAACGGAUGAUAGAAAGCGACUACAUAGUCAUGCCCCGGGGCUCCGUAAAUACCCAGCCAUCACUGAAGGAUGAAAGCAAAAUGAAUAUAGGCAUGGAUACCUUGCCUCAUGAAAGGCUGUUGCACUACAAAGUUAAUCCCGAAUUCAAUAUGAAUCCCUCUGUAAUGGACCAAUUUAAUAUCAAUUUAGACCAGCAUCUUCCCACUCAAGAACAUAUGCAGAGUUUGCCAUUUGAGCCCCGCACAGCAGUGAAGAAUUUCAUUGCAUCAGAGCUGGAUGACAAUGCAGGAUUAUCGAGAAGCGAAACUGGAUCCACAAUAUCAUUGAGCUCUUUAGAGAAGUGCCAUAAGUUUGUGAUGCCAUCUAGAAGGAGCUAAACAGGCAGGAGAAAUGGGCUGACAGAGAUCAUCACAUAAAGAACAAAGGGAGACACAAAAUCCUCCAGCUGGAAAGAAACAAUCCCAGGUACCAAUGUAUGCUGAGGAACCACCAGCAGGAAAACCACCUCGCAGAAAAGGCUCUGGAGGACAUGGUGGACACUGAGGACAAGCCAGCAAUGCACCCUUGUGGCAAAGAAGGCUGGAAGCAUCUGAGAGGCAUUAGGAGGAGUGCUGCCAGCUGGUCCUUGGAGGCAAUCCUUUCGCUCCACCCAGCAGAGGUGAUGCAAUACCUGAGAUGCUGUGUCCAGUUGUGGGCUGCCCUCCAUGCGAGAGAUACAAUAGAAAGUCUAGCAAAGGGUUGUAAAGAUAAUGAAGGGACUGGAGCACCUGCUUUGUGAGGAAAAGCACAGAGCUGUGCGUGCCCAGGCUGGAGAACAGGAGCCUCAGCAGGGAAUCUCAUCAAUGAAUAUGAAUGCCUGAAGGGGGUGUGUACAGAAGAUGAACCAGGCUCUUUUCUGUGAUGCCAGAGACAGAGGCAAUAGGCACAAACUGAAACACAGGAGGUACUGUCUGGACAUAAGGAAAAAGUUGUCCUGUGAGAGUGACCCAGCAGGUUGCCCAGUGAGGUUGUGGCAGCUCCUCAUCCUUCGAGAUGUUCAAAAGUUGUCUGCAUACAAAUCUGGGCAAGUAACUCUAGGAAAAGCUGCUUGAGCAGAGAUGUUGGACCAGAUGACCUCCAGAGGUCCCUUCAACCUCAGAUAUCCUAUGAUUCUGUGAAAAAAAAUCUCAGUAACCUCUUCCCUUGCUGCUCAGAAUACAAACUGGAUUUGCACACACAGUCAUGACAAACUGAUGGAGAAGUAAAAUUAAUAGAGUUUUUGCAGGACUUUAAGUUCUGACUCCAGUACUAAAGGUAAGAAAGUUAAAGAAGGUAUAAGAUUAAUCUGUGUGGGGAAUUAGCCUUGGCUAAGCCAAACCUGCACCCAGCUUCUCAUCCUCCUGUUUCCCCUCCAGUCAGUGGGAUGGGGGAAAAAAAAAGGACAUUAAAAAAACACCCUUCCUGUACCCCACUGCCCCCAAUUUCCAGGCUGACUCCACACCUACAGUUACCUCCUUCCCUCUCAAUUUUUUCACCUUUCCUUCACCCUAAGCCACCCAGGGGGAUAGGGAAUGAUGUUUGGGGUCAGACCCCAACAGCUCCUCUUAGCUACUCCUUCCUUGUCACUCUUUCCUCUGCUCCAGUGUGGACUUUGCAUGGGUUGCAGCUGCUUUAGGCCAUAUUCAUCUGCUUUGGCAACGGGCUGCAGCCUGGAUAACUGUUCUGCCAUGGAGCACCUCCUCUUCCUCUGACUUUAUGUCCCCUCCUCCUUUCCCUGGGACACCUUUUGCCCUUUCUUAAAUAUGUUUUCUUCAAGGCAUCAGCACCUCAGCUGCAGGCUUAGUUGUGCCCAGCAGCUCCAGUCUCUCCUCACAGGAGACCCAACACAGACCCUACUGCUGCCUAAUCUGCAUAAUUUUGAUUUUACCCCUUUUCACCUCCAACUUUUCAAUUAUGGUUUUCAUCAGAAUUACUCCUAAAGUGUGGCACACUGUUGAAUCCAGGCAUCAGGGUUUGUAGUUGUCUGGUUCAUUUGUUUCUCCUUUCUUUAACAAUAGAGGUUCAAAAGCACAAAAGAGAUAGUUAUGGAAUAGUUGUAAGCAACAAGGGACAGAAAUAGCAUUUGCAAGGGGACAGUCUUACAGAGCUCAGACAUCUGUCAUGGUGCUAUCUUAAGAAGCUGGGACAGACCGUCAGUGUGUGAGCCCAGAGCAUCAGCACUGUGAACAGAGCACGACAGAAUGUUGUGGGUGGGAAGGGACCUUACAGACUGUCCAGUCCCAACCCCUCCACUAUGGGCAGGGACACUUCCACUAGACUGGGCUGCUCAAAGCCCCAUCCAACCUGGC